AUGGCUCGUGAGGAGGUUCUGGAAGGAGAUACCCUCACAGAUGUCAAGGACCUGGGGGAAGAUCCAGUCAGAGAACAGGAACUGAAUACCUGUGUUCAUGAUUCUGCAGAUUCUCACCCUCAGCACUCCGUAUUCAGCUUCAGCACCGAGAUGCAGAGCUCACUUACAGAGGCAGCCUGGUGUUCGUGGGAUGCCCUGAUCAGGAUGCAGGAUGGGCCCCAGGCAGUGGCCCUGAACAGCAACUUCAUUGGACAUUCCAUUGACUAUAUCCCGAACAUGAUGACUAAUGUGGAUCUACUAGUCCUGCUGUGUGAGCAUGAAAUCUGGAAGGAACUUGUGUGUGAGGCAGAGUUCACCAGGGAAGAGGCAGAGGCCGCCCGGGAAGGUCUGAGGAAGCAGGCAAUACUCAGGCUCAUGGAAAUCAAAGCAAUACUGCAACAAGAGCAAGGCCAUGAGGGGAAUAUUUGGAAGGCAUUUCCUGAGGUGAAAGUGAAACUUGGCAAACGCAUAGAACAGCUCCGAGAACUAGCAGACAGGGUUGACCAGGUCCACAAGGCCUGUACCAUCUCCAAUAUGGUAGCCAACUCCACUGGCCUUGUGUCUGGCCUCCUGACCAUUGCGGGCAUAGGCCUGAUCCCUGUGACAGGAGGGGUGAGUGUGGGACUCUCAACAUCUGCAAUGGGCUUAGGUGUCGGGUCUGCUGUCGCUGCUGGGUUCACCAGCAUAGUGGAACACAGAAAAAAGUUGUCGAUCGAAGUUGAAGCCAAAAUCGUGCCAACACUUGGGAUGGAACAAGUGAAAGAACUUGCCAAAGGAGUUGCAAAUGACAGCAAACAAAGAUUUUCUUCUGUGGGAGUUACUUACAAAAUAUUGAGACGUGUUGUGAAGCAUGCCCGUGCUAUGAAUAAUUCAAAUUUAGCAAAUACAAGCUCAAUCCUCAGUAAUAAUCUUGUCCAGAAAGUGCUCGGAAACACUGCGAAGACAAUGACCAAGAAGGCCUUGGUUGCAGGUGUGGCCAGCACGGGCUUAUCUGUUCUCUGUGAUGCCUACAGUCUCGUGCAAGACUCAAAGGAGUUAUGGGAGGGAGCAAAGACCAAGUCAGCUGAGAAGAUGAGGCAAAGGGCCAACGAGUUGGAAAAGGUGUUGGAGGAACUCAACAAGUUUCAUGAGAGCCAGCAGUAG